AUCCGACAGCGCAGCGCCAUGGCCGAGGCGGCCGCGGCCCCGACUCCGGACUGGGACUCCGAGUGUCUCACCUCCCUGCAGGCCCUACCAAUGCCUCCAGUGGCCCAUGAUGCCCACCUGCAGACAGCUGCCAUCUCCCUGUGGACUGUGGUGGCUGCUGUGCAGGCCAUUGAGAGGAAGGUGGAGGUUCACAGCCGGCGACUCUUGCACCUGGAGGGACACACGGGCAGCGCUGAGAAGAAGCUGGCCAGCUGCGAGAAGACAGUGGCUGACCUGGGCAGCCAGCUGGAGGGCAAGUGGGCCGUGCUUGGGACGCUGCUGCAGGAGUACGGGCUGCUGCAGCGGCGCCUGGAGAACAUGGAGAAUCUGCUUCGGAACCGCAACUUCUGGAUCCUGCGGCUGCCCCCUGGCAUUAAAGGGGACAUCCCCAAGGUACCCGUGGCCUUUGAUGAUUUCUCCAUCUACUUUUCCACCCCUGAGUGGGAAAAGUUGGAAAACUGGCAGAAGGAGCUGUACAAGAAUAUCAUGAAGGGAAACUACGAGUCCCUCAUCUCCAUGGAUUAUGCCAUGAAUCAGCCUGAUGUCCUGUCUCAGAUGCAGCCUGAGGGACAGCAUGGAGCUGGACCCGAGGCCCCAGCAGGGCCAGAGACUGGCCAGAUUUCAACUAACCCCACUGAAGAGCCUGGCAUUUCCACAUCAGACAUUCUGUCGUGGAUUAAACAAGAGGACGAGCCUCCAGCUGGAACCCCUCCAGAGCCCAAGGAGAGUGACGAUGUCUACAAAAGCACCUUUGCUGAUGAAGAGCUGGGCAUCAAAGCUGAAAGACUGGCCAGGGCAUCCCUAUGCCAUGAAGGUCCUGCCACCUUUGUGUCUCCACCACCGCCUGCACCCACAACCAAGGAGACCUUUCCAGAGGUGGCUUUCAAAGGCCCGCAGCCUACACCCAUGGCAUCUUUUGGACAUGAGGCCCCAGAGCUGGCUGAGGCCCCCGAUGGCCCAGUGACAUUCCCGCAGCUGGGCAGUUACACGAUACCCACACCGGCCUCCGGUGAGCAGCUCUUCGCUGGCCCACACUGUGACAAGGGCCAAAGCCAGGACACACUGCUCAGUCACCAGUGUGGCCACACGGCCGAGCUGGCUCUGCCCUGUGCCCAGUGUCCCAAGCACUUCCCCCCACAACCUGACCUGGCCAGCGGUGUGACCUUAAAGGCCCCCACCUGCCCGCACUGUGCCCGGACAUUCACUUACCCAUCGCGCCUCAACUGCCAUCUGCGUGUGCACAACAGUCCCGAGCGUCCUUUCCCUUGCCCGGACUGUCCCAAGUGCUUCACUGACCAGGCGCGCCUCACCAGCCACCGGCGGGCACACACUGGUGAGCGACCUUUCCGCUGUCCACAGUGCGGCCGCAGCUUCAGCCUCAAGAUUAGCCUCCUGCUGCACCAGCGCAGCCAUGCCCAGGAGCGGCCCUUCUCCUGCCCGCAGUGUGGCAUUGACUUCAAUGGCCACUCAGCACUGAUUCGCCACCAGAUGAUCCACACAGGCGAGCGGCCCUACCCGUGCCCAGACUGCAGCAAGAGCUUCAUGCGCAAAGAGCACCUGCUGAACCACCGGCGUCUACACACGGGUGAGCGGCCCUUCCAGUGCGCGCAGUGCGGCAAGAGCUUCAUCCGUAAACACCACCUCAUGAAGCACCAGCGCAUCCACACGGGCGAGCGGCCCUACCCCUGUGCCUACUGUGGCCGCAGCUUCCGCUACAAGCAGACACUCAAAGACCACCUGCGCUCGGGCCACAGUGGGGGCUGCAGUGGCGGCGGGGACAGCAACCCAGGCCAGCCUCCAGAUCCCCCGGGACCCCUCCUGGCUGGCCUUGAGACCUCGGGACUGGGAGUUAGUACUGAAGGACUGGAGGCCAGCCCCUGGUAUGGGGAAGGGAGUGCAGGGGGAGUCUUAUGAGUCUCCCUGGUUUGGGGUUGACCUAGGCUCAC